ACCAUCAAACAAACACUAUCUUAUGCUAUAUUCAAACUUGAUCAUCUUCCAAACCACUAUUGAAAAUAAACAAAAAGAAUAACCAAAACUAAAAGAAGAGAAUCUCUCUCUCUCUCUUUCUCUAUGGUUGUUUGUGUUUCAAGCUUUCAAAACCUUUUCUUCCUAAACUUCCUCACAUGAAAACCAAAACCACAACAAAACCUUCCUCCCUUUCUUAAAAAAUGGUUCAAAGAAAGGUCCCAAACAAGCUUAGUAUCCAAACACAACAUGUUAAAUCAGAGAAAUUUUCAACAAACAUGAAACUAUCUUCUUCAUCUUCUCCUCAUCAAAACCAAGAUGAAAAAAGUAAACUUUUUGAUAUGAAGAAGAAAAUGAAGAAAUCAAACUCAAUCAAUCUCUCUGAUCUUGAGACUCUUCAACUUCAUUCAACACCAGUUUCAAGAAAAACUACAAAACAAGAUGGUUCACCAAAUUACAUGAAGCCCACAAGUAGUUCACAAUCAAAAAAGGAACUUUUUCAUGUAAGUCUUAAAAAAACUCAAUCUUGUUCUGUUUCUAAGAAUCUUGAUAGAAAAAUUUCAAGUGAUUAUUCAAAAGCUACAUGUAAAAAACCUAGUUUGAGUUUGGUUAGAACAUUAACAAAAACUACUAGUUUUAAGGGUUCUAGAAAUUUUCCUAGAAGAGCUACUUGUUCUUCAACUUUGAAAGAUGCAAACUUUCCUUCAUAUCUUGAGCUUAAUCAUGGUGGAACUGAGUUAGAGGGAACUUCAGUUAGGAAGGUUUGUUCAUAUAGUUAUUGUUCUCUUAAUGGGCAUCAUCAUCAUCACGGUGAUUUGCCUCCUUUGAAGACGUUUGUGUCUUCGAGGAGGCGCGUGUUGAAGCGUGUGAAGCUUGAAGCGUUGAGUCCUCGAAGUCGAAGAUUGAAGACGACGUGUGAGGUAGAAAAGAGGGACUGUGAUGUUGAGCGGAAUGUGUUUGAUGAAAAACCUGAAUGUGAUGAAAUUGAUAUGGAUUUCUUCAUUGAAAUCUAUGCUAGUGGAAAAAAAGAUGAGGAAUUGAAAGGAGAAGAAGAAAUUGGAAAGGCCGAUUUUCUGGACGAGGUUGAGGAUUAUGAAGAUGUCAUCGAGUCUACAAUUGAAGAUGAUGGUGUAGAAGCAGAUUUUCUGAAAGAGGUUGAGGAUCAAGAGAAAAGCGAAGAUGCGGACGAAGAAGAACAAUCGAGUUGGUCUCAUGAAGAAAUGAGUAUGGAAGAUGUUUAUAACAAUACGGAUGAUUAUUCCGAAGCCGAUGAUAUGAAGUGUGAUGACGAACAGUUUUAUGGAUUUGAUCAAGAGCAUGAUGCUGAUUCCUCUGUUUACACAGACGAGGAAAAUGACUCGAAAGAUGAAUCUUUGUCUCAGAGUUCUCAUGACAUAUCAGUGACAUGGUUAGACGAUAUCAUUAGCAGCUAUUACGAUGACAUUAUUCUGUUUGAUGAAACACUCAAAGAACACAAAUCUGAAGAAAUCAUCUAUCUUGAAGACGAACCUCUUGAUGGCAUGAUUAGUUUUGUCCUUGACGACAAAAUUGGAAGCAACGAGACUCAAGAUAUCGGUUACCCUACCAGUGACGUCGAUUGUGACCAAUCUUUGGUAGAUGAAAUAUUUGAUUACCUAACAAAUUCCGAAGAGAAAGUUGAUGAGACUAGCGAAGAGAACAAAGAUUUCAAGCGAGGGGAAAAAAACCAAAUUCAAACGUCUACGAGUGAAUUUGAACUUUGUUCCUUGAAACUAACAAUGACAGACCAAACUGUUACCGCUGACGUGAUAACUCAUAGACACGACAACCAUAUUCCAUUAGUCGAUGUUGUUGAAGAAAGCAUCAAAGAUAUUCAAAAUCAAGGAAAAAGUAAUAAAAGAUCAAGUUGCGUAGUCGAGGAAGAUGAAAAUGCAAGGGAGAAUUGGAAAGGUGUGAUUAGAAGAAAGAUGUGUGUUGACGACGAUGAUGAGAUGAGGAAGUUCAAUCCAAGAGAUCCGAAUUUCCUUCCAUUGGUUCCUGAAAAAGAAAAAGAAAAAGUCGAUUUGAGGCAUCAAAUGAUGGACGAGCGAAAGAAUGCGGAGGAUUGGAUGGUUGAUUGUGCACUAAGACAAGUUGUUAACAAGCUUGCUCCUGCUAGGAAGAAGAAGGUUGCAUUGCUAGUUGAAGCUUUUGAAACUGUUAUACCUAAAUGUGAAUCACAUUUGAGAAACAAUUCAAGGUUUGUUCAUGCAUGCUAGACACAUUCAAGCUUGCAUCUGAUGAAACCUGCUAAGAAUCAAAAAUACAUGGCACUUGCAUGACCAAUAUGAAGGAGUGACUGAUUUUCGUGAUCAUUUCUGAAGCCUGAAACAAUUAUGCAGCUUGGAGCUUUUAAGCACUUAAAAGUUGAAACUUCUAAAAUGGAAAUUGAAGCUCAAGAAAAGGAAUCUAUGGUUCCAACUUUAUGAUUAUAUGGGUUUGCUUUAUAAUAAUUGUUUAGUGUGUGAAACUUUAAUUAUGUGUUUAUUUUGUUCAUGUGUGUAUCUGAUGUACUAAUACUUUGUGUGAUGAAUGUUAUCCAUAAUUGUGUUAAUUUAUUAUUAUAAUAGUUUGUAUUUUGUAUCAA